UAGGAGUCACUGCGAGGACUUCAACCACCUCGGUCAGGCGGCGUGUAAGGUAGUAUAUGGCGUUGGCUGGUUCCUGCGGUCCAGCUCAGUUGAAAGAUGGGCUUGGGAAGUAGAAACAUUCAGUUAGAAAGUAGUUCUAAUGCCCCGGCGCCGAUUCGGCGAAAGACAUCAACAUGUCUGCGGUAAAACUUUCGCCGUGUCGGUUUUAUAGUAAUAAUAUUCGCAAUCUGAAUGUAUUUCAACAGGAUAUCUUUUGUGAAGGUAUUUAAGGACUCUAAACAUGGAAGGAAAUCGAACGUCUGAUCCAACUAUGCAUUCAGUUAAAAAAUCUCGACAACUCUAAAUAUGGCAUCCAGCAGUGCUCGAGUUACUUGAUAGCUGAACUUCAUCUUAUAAACAGAAUAAAAGUAGGCAGGCACAACCAUGGCGUGCCCAAAACCGACGAUGGAAUUUUAUUUUAAUGAGAGUCGAGGUGUGGAAUCCACAACUGAUACAAGUGACACUUUCUCAGUGUCAUCCACUUCGAAAGCUCAUUUGGACCUCAGAGGUUCUCUGUACAAACCUAAAUUGGAUCCUCUGUCACCCUAUGGAGGACUCGCUGGUCGAGCAUCUCCUGGCCAUGACUUAGGAUACCAUACACUCUUGACAAGGGACAGUGUGACACCCACACCUACUCAUACUCCAACUGCAUCUCGUAGGACGUUUGACAUGCUCAGUUGUUCAUCUUCGUCGUUCAGAUGGAGUGAUGUUCCUUCCUCUAUGUGCAACACGUCACCAUAUCCGAGAUCUUCCGAUAUGAUGACUCCCCCACCUCGCAAUCAAACAGUUUCUUCCGUUGCAUCUUCAAACUCUAAUUCAAGGUCGUCUGGCCUGAAUGGUUCCUCUUCUCAUCUGGUAACUCCUAAUCCUCUCAUAACAACCUUCAAAGGCAAAAAAUCACACAAAACCUCACUUUUUGAUCGCUUGCCAGACGAAUUGAUCUUGAGGAUCUUUUCAUUUUUGUCCAGCAACCAACUCUGUGUGUGUGCUCGAGUUUGUAGACGAUGGUAUUUUUUAGCAUGGGAACCUCAACUGUGGACUACAGUAUGUCUCAGUAGUGAAAAAAUCAAUGUUGACAAAGGACUGAAAACUUUGUUUCGCCUUUUGUGCAGAGACUCACCGACGGUGUGUUUAGCAGUUGAAAGAAUUUCUCUCAGUGGUUGUUGUAAACUGACAGACAAAGGAUUGUUUACUAUUGCUAGAAAAUGUCCUGAGCUCAAAACAAUGGAGAUAAAAGGUUGCUCUCUAGUGACUAAUGCAGGAAUAGCAGAAGUGAUGGCAAGAUGCGUCAGUGUUGCAAGGCUUGAUCUAACAGGUUGUCAACAAGUGACGACAAUACAACCCAGAUCUCUAUCAAAUGAUAGAUCGGACUCAGUGUUAGAUCAUCCUAGUAACAGUGCUUUGCAUGUGCCUCCACAGAUUGUCCAUCACCAUCAGCUGUUCCUCCAGUACCUCGACCUCACAGACUGCUAUUGUUUAGAAGAUUUGGGUCUCAUAACCAUUCUUCGAAAUUCGCCGCAGUUGUCUCAUCUGUAUCUUCGUCGAUGUGUACAAAUAACUGAUGGUGGUGUAAAAGCCAUUGCUAGUUAUUGUGCGAUGCUUAAAGAACUCAGCAUUAGCGAUUGCAUUCUAGUGACUGAUUUCGGAAUAUAUGAGCUUGCCAAACUCGGCUCCAAUCUCAGGUACCUAAGUGUUGCAAAGUGUGACCAAAUCUCUGAUGCUGGCAUUAAACAAAUUGCACGUCAUUGUUAUAGGUUGCGGUAUCUUAACGUCAGAGGAUGUGAAGCUGUAUCUGACCAUAGUAUGGAACUUUUGGCAAGAAGUUGUUCUAGGUUACGGGCACUUGAUAUUGGUAAAUGUGAUGUUACGGAUGCUGGUCUUCGCGUCCUUUCUGAACAUUGUCCAAAUUUAAAGAAAUUAAGUGUGAAGUCUUGUGAUUUGAUAACAGACCAAGGAAUACAGUCCAUUGCGUUUUACUGCAGAGGUCUACAGCAAUUAAACAUUCAGGAUUGCAAUAUUUCAGUUGAUGGUUAUCGGACUGUGAAGAAAUUUUGUAAAAGAUGCAUUAUUGAGCAUACUAACCCUGGAUUUUGUUAAAAUCCUACACUAUAACCAUAAGUUUUUAACUGCGAUGCUCAGGGAAAGAUGUUAAGAAAUCUGCAGCAUUUACUCGUCAGUCGUUUUGAGUCAGCAUAAUAAAAUACAAUUAUUUUCCCUUUUUUACCGGAAUUAUAAUGCCUAAUAUCUGAUGGAGACAAAUUUUAAGAAUAUAACAUUUUCAACUAUCUUUAAUAAAUUUCAAGUAUUAUAAAAAUGGCUGAUGCAUUUCCUCCAGUAAAAUAAGUGCCUUAGAAAAAUAGAUUGAACCAGGUUAUUUGUGCACAGAAAAGAAAUUAAUCAGUUAUUUAAAUACUGUAAGCUCGUAAGAAAUUUUUCAUUGCAAAUAUAUAAAAGAAAAGAAUGACGGAAGAGCUCAUAAAUUUGUUUGAUUUAUAUCAUUAAAAUUUCUGAUGAUCUUUUGUAUGAGCAUAUGUUAUUCAGAAAACAUUGAGAUGAAUAAUACAUUGAGAGAAAAAAAUACCUUUUGCCUUUGUAAAAAAAAUCUUUUUUUUUUUUUUUUUUUCAAAUAUGAUUUUCUGAUUUUUGAUAUUUUUACAGAAAUGUAAUUCUUAUAUCUUUGUCAUAAGAAUUAAAGCAUGUAAUUACAAAUGCUUCUAUUACAAAAAGUAUUUAACGCCGUUUUGAACAACAGUACAUAUCACUAAAUAUUAAUAAAGUAAAACUGCUUUCCAUUUAUUGGGAAUAUUAUUUAUAAAAGAUAUUACUUUUUAAAUACUUGUAAUUUAAUUAAUAAUACAUCAAGAAUAAUUGGAUAAUCAUUAUACAGCCCCUGUUAUAAUGCUUAAUUUUUACGUAUCAAUUAUCAUUCAUUAUUUUCAAUUACAAGUAUGGAAAGAAUAACAUAUUUAUCUCUCACUCUCCCAUAAUUUUGAAAUAUAAGCUAAAAUUCUAGAACCUAGUCUUUAACUAGAGGGCUUGUUUUGUUUCAAAAAGUGCUAAAUUGUACAUUGCUAGUGCUUUGUAAAAUGUGAAGGAUAUUAAAUAUUAUUCCUUUAUGUUUUGUUCCCUAAAGGACUUUGCAAUUGUUGUACUGCACCACUUAUAUCAGCUGUCCUUGUUGUAAAUUAGAGAGAAUUUAUAUAUAAGUGUACAUAUAAAGGAAUUUAUACAGAAUUUUUUGUACACAGUUAAUUUUAUUAUUGUACAUAGUUUUAUAUUGUAAGUAUUGUAGAAUUGUAUUUUGUUCCACUAAAAUCUAUUUAAAAAAUUU